AUUGUAGACUUUUGUUUUCUCUCUUCCCCUCUUUCCUCUACCCUCUCCCUCUCAGGAAAUUCAAACCUCUCUUCUCCUCUUCUCUUCUUCCCUCUUCUCGUCUUCAACAAUAACUUUAAUUCUAUUAUGUUGAUGUAGAUUUCCCCCGCCUCCGGUGAUUUUUAAAGAUAUGAAUGAAAAAAAUCUCCAUUUACGGUGGAGUUCCACCCUCACCAGUGAGCGGCAACACGUCGGUCAACGGCGACGAACGGCAGCGAGUGGCGGCAGCCACUAGUGACCGGUUACCAGAUCUGAAAUCUGUGAUGGUGGAGGUAGAAGAGGUUAGGGAGGCGAAGCAUGUGGCGGCGGUGACAAAUAAUGUAGCGGCACUGGUGGAUGUUGCAGCACCCGCAGCGAUGGAAAUAGCGGCGCCGGACAUGGCGGCGCCGGACAUGGUGGCGCCGGACAUGGCGGCGCCGACAACUGAGAUGACUGACGGCGGUGGGUCCAAGGGUGGGUAGUGUUGGGAAUGACUUGUGGCAGUGUUUGUUGAACAGUGCGAUGUUGUGUAUUAUUUUAUUGUUCUAUUAAAGUGGUUUCAUUAAGGGUAAUUUUGUUAACUUAAGUUCUUUUACUCCUAUUGAAUACUACGAAACAUACAAGUCCUACUUUGGAACUUUUGUUAAGUUUUGGUCCUACCUAGGGAAUUUACUCAUCCAAUAUAAUUGUUAAAAAAUUCC